AUGGGUGACCUGCUGGGACUGGACAACCUGGUGGCCAACACGGCCUACCUGAGGGCUCAGCACAUAGAUCGCGAAAAGCUGAGAAAACAGAGGCUCUCCCUGACGCUGCCCAGACCAAAGAUGUCCUCUGCCCUCCUGGCAGCAGUGGGGAGGAAGUACGAGUCACUGUGUGAGCGACAGCCUAUUGGGAGGAAGCUGUUCCGGCAGUUCCUCCUGGCCUCCAACCCUCAGUACAAGGCCGCCACUGAGUUUCUGGAGGAGCUGAGUGACUGGAGCUUUGCUGAGGAUGAGGCCAGGGAGAAGGCCAAACACAGCCUGCUCACUAAGUUCUGUCAACCUGAGUCCAAGAGUUUUCUCUCCUACCUGACAGGAGAGGAAGCUGAAAUAUGCAAGGAUUUAUCAGACAAGAACUUCGACGAGGCGAUGUUGGGCCAGAUAAGAGAAGCCACAAGAGACUUCCUGCAGGGAAAACCUUUCUCUGAGUAUCUGAAUAGCCCCUUUUUUUAUCGGUUCAUGCAGUGGAAGGAGUACGAGAAGCAGAGGAUCAAUGACAAAUACUUUUAUGAGUUUAGGACUUUGGGAAGAGGUGGUUUUGGUGAGGUGUGUGCAGUGCAGGUGAAACACACAGGCCAAAUGUACGCCUGCAAGAAGCUGGACAAGAGGCGCUUGAAGAAGAAAGGUAGCGAGAGGCUGGCCCUUCUGGAGAAGGAGAUCCUGGAGAAGGUCAACAGCCUCUUCAUUGUGAACCUGGCUUACGCUUACGACAACAAGAACCACCUGUGCCUGGUCAUGGACCUCAUGAAUGGAGGAGACCUCAGGUUCCACAUCUACGAGCUCGGGGUAAGGGGAAUCCGUAUGGACCGUGUUGUAUACUACAUGGCCCAGAUAACCACUGGGCUGCUCCACCUGCACUCCAUGGACAUUGUGUACCGGGACAUGAAGCCUGAGAAUGUGCUGCUAGAUGCCAAAGGACAGUGUCGGCUGUCAGACCUUGGAUUGGCUGUGGAGCUGCCGAAGGGCAAAUCGAUCUGCCAGAAGGCUGGUACGACUGGUUACAUGGCCCCUGAGAUUCUGAAGCAGGAGUACUACCGCACGUCUGUGGACUGGUGGGCUCUGGGCUGCAGUUUCUAUGAGAUGGUGGCCGCCCGUUUGCCUUUUAAAGACUUCAGAGAAAAGGUGCAGAAUGAGGAGGUGACUCGUCGCACUCUGGAGGACGAGUGCAAGUUUGAACACAAAAACUUUGAUCCUCCCACCAAAGAACUCAUCUGCCGCUUUCUCAAGAAAAAGGUGGCUCAUCGCUUCGGGUGCCGAAACAACGGUGAGGACCCACGAAACCACCACUUUUUCAAGAGCAUCAAUUUCCACCGUCUGGAGGCCGGGCUGGUGGAGCCCCCAUGGGUGCCAAAAUCCAACGUGGUCUACGCCAAGGACAUGGACGAGUUUAGGGACAACUCCGAGGAGGAGGGUAUUAAGUUUGACGCCAAGGAUGAGAAAUUCUUCAAGCAGUUCAGCACAGGCACUGUGUCCAUCCAGUGGCAGAAGGAGAUGAUCGACACUGGAGUGUUUGAUGAGCUGAACGACCCCAAAUGGAACGGCCACAGUUGUGAGACCGUGUGGGAAUCAAGGAUGUGCAUUAUUUUGUGA